CUUUUCAAGUUUGAUGCAACUUCUUUCUCUUUUGUCAAUAACCCCUAACCUAACUCGUGGAGAAAGCAGUGAUCAAAUCAGAGACAAAGAAGGACAAGAUUUUGGACAUUUGACUUUACCCCCAUAUCUUCACCGCCACAACCCCAUUUUUCCCAAUGUGUGAUAGUCCGCAGCCGAAGUCAAUGGGCUCUUCUCCUCCUUCUGCCUCCCUCUUUUAAAGAAAUAAUAUGAUAUCAGUUUUUGCUUUCAACAUUGUUGAGUCAUGCAAGCCAAGGGGAUCCGAAAUUUCGCGAAGAACAUAGCAAGAAAAUGGGAAAUUUCUUCACUGUUGUUCAUUCUUGUAAAGGACCAAGAUUCAAGUUGAAGCGAGGACCAGUGGAUUAUUCCAUGAACGAUCUCGCAACCAAUCAUGACGGGAUCAGAACUGUCCGGGCAGAUAACCGCUGCGAUUUCUCAGGCAGUUCGGACCUCUGCAUUUGCGUAGUGACUUGGAACAUGAAUGGUCAGGUCUCUUAUAAAGACAUAGAACAGCUGGUUGGGAGCGAUCGGGAGUUUGAUCUACUUGUGGUUGGUUUGCAAGAGGCACCACGAAACAAUAUUUCACAGUUGUUGCAGGCGGCCCUAGUCGAAACUCACAUCCUGCUGGGAAAAGCGAUUAUGCAGUCUCUGCAGCUAUAUGUUUUUGGGCAAAAGAUGAACUCAGAGUUGUUCAUCAAUGAAUUAAAGGUUGAUAAGCAUGCUGUUGGGGGCUUUGGAGGUUUAAUCAGAAGGAAGAAAGGAGCUGUGGCUGUCAACAUCAUUUACAAAGGAAUACGAAUGUUGUUCAUCUGUUGUCAUCUUUCUGCUCAUGCCGGCAAUGUGGAAGACAGGAAUUCGCAAUACAGGCACAUAUCACGCUCCCUAUUCUCCAAGAAUCAGAACCCAUAUGCAAGACCGGUCCAAGUUACUGUAUGGUUAGGAGAUCUCAACUACAGGGUACAAGGGAUUGAUACACAUCCUGCCAGAAAUCUGGUCCAGAAAAACCUUCAUAGACUGCUCACCAGAAAAGAUCAACUCUUACAAGAGGCUGAAAGAGGACAGAUCUUCAGUGGGUACUGUGAAGGGACGUUGGCAUUCAAACCAACAUAUAAAUAUAAUAUAGGAAGCAGCAACUAUGAUACAAGCUACAAGGUAAGAGUACCAUCAUGGACAGAUCGAAUCUUGUUCAAGAUAGAGGACUCUGGCAAGAUCAGUGCAACACUACACUCUUACCAAUCCAUAGAUGGAAUCCACAGUUCCGACCAUAAACCAGUGAAGGCUCAUCUGUGCUUACAAGCAAGCAAACAGUCACCACUCAUGCCUUGAAGCAGUUGUCUUAAGUUCAAAUCACAAAGAACCCUUUCUGUGAGUCUGAAAAUUAAACUCACAUCCCAUGCCCCCCACACAUGCAUGUUGACACUACUCUGCCCUCCGUCACCCAGUUUAAUCCAAACAGGCCCCAAAUUUCCCAAAAGGAAACACUCAAUUCCACUUACAUUUUAAUAUGAUUUUUAGGCUGAGUUUUAGAUGAUCCAUGUUAUCUAAUUUAACCUCUAUAUAUAAUAAAAAUAAGACCCCAUAAUGAAGACCCCUGUUCAUUGACGUUCAAGAAAGCGAAAGGCAACGAUAUACGGAGACAAAAUACAAACCGACGGAUGUAUACAGGAAUAUUCAAGAAGAAAAGCUGAGCCCCCAAAUAGCAUUCAGUGGUACUCAAUGGAGUGCUCAAAAGGCUGCGUCUUGAAGAUUGUUGAGGUAGACUAGAGCGAGAAAGCAGUGGGCGCUGCAUGGACUAGCCAAUUACGAAUCAUUGGAGUAGAAGGAAUUAAAGAAUGAGUUCCCUGGUAAGAUACGGCAGGUCAUUGAUAUUCUACUGAGCUUGUUUUGGAUGGUUUUACCAUUAUUAGAAAAGCGGGGACUUGGCCUCAGUUUUGUUACAAAAACUAUCAUGAUUUUUUUCUUUUUGACACAGGAGUGUCCCUGUGCAGAGGUCAAAGCCUGGAACAAAAUGACUUCAAUUUCUUAAAUUACACUGCUAAGAUUAAGGAGGAAGCAGCAAAAUGAGGGAACCACAUUUUGAUCUCAUUCAUAUCAAAACUACUUGUUCCCGAGGUGUCUAUUUAUGAAGUUAUCAAGGUCCCGAGUCCCUCUUUUACUUGUAUUAAGUUGAACUUGUUUACCAUGGGAACUUGGUGUCAUGAGUAAGUUGCUUUGGAAAAGCAUAUGCCUGGAUGGUUGUUGCAGACCUUAUGCCAUUUAGCUUUUUUCUAAUGUAUGAAAAGUGGGCUUUUGGGAUGAUUUUAAUUUGAGUCCGUGGCUUGUGAAAGGAGUUCUUAUUCUCUGCUCUUAUCCCUUUGGGUGACUCGUCGGGGCCGAGCUUCUACUCCCCUUUUGUUUAUUUCAAUUACCUCCUUUCUCUCC